AUGACCCCACGAUUUAAAGACUCCCCCAACAUGACCUCACGAUUUAAAGACUCCCCCAACAUGACCUCACGAUUUAAAGACUCCCCCAACAUGACCCCACGAUUUAAAGACUCCCCCAACAUGACCCCACGAUUUAAAGACUCCCCCAACAGGACCUCACGAUUUAAAGACUCCCCCAACAUGACCUCACGAUUUAAAGACUCCCCCAACAUGACCUCACGAUUUAAAGACUCCCCCAACAUGACCCCACGAUUUAAAGACUCCCCCAACAUGACCUCACGAUUUAAAGACUCCCCCAACAUGACCCCACGAUUUAAAGACUCCCCCAACAUGACCCCACGAUUUAAAGACUCCCCCAACAUGACCUCACGAUUUAAAGACUCCCCCAACAUGACCCCACGAUUUAAAGACUCCCCCAACAUGACCCCACGAUUUAAAGACUCCCCCAACAUGACCUCACGAUUUAAAGACUCCCCCAACAUGACCCCACGAUUUAAAGACUCCCCCAACAUGACCCCACGAUUUAAAGACUCCCCCGGGACGGGAGAGACAACAAUUAGGUUACCCAGAGAACAAGUCAAUUUUUGUCCAUUAACUCCGUGCUUACAGUCACUUCUUAUUACAACCACUGCCAUGGCCUUUGGCGUUCAACUACCAUAUUGUUACACUUAA